AUGCUGCCUCGCCAUCUGCCUGGCGGUCAAUUGCCCAACAACGGGCUGACCUACAACACGUGGUACCCGCCGCUGAACAGAGUCAAAGAAGAUAUGAACAGCACCGCGGGAGAUCGGUUCAUCGCCUACAUCAUAAGCUGCCUGUGUGGGCCACUACAAGGCAAAGAGUUCAUCGUCAAGGUCGCCGCGCUCCUGGCGUGCCAGAAAGUCCGCGAAGCGCCCGAGGAAUGUGACGACGGCCUGUCGGACAACAGUACCAACUUGUUGUUCGAGUUUGACAAGGCACUGAACUUUAACUUUGGAAACAUGCUCAUCACCAUCAAAGAGCUCGAACAGGUUUUGAUGUUCUCCGCGCGGAUUUGGGAAAUCCAUGCGCCGGAAGACACCGUUCACCCCGGGACAUUGCCAGCGACUUUCGACCUCUGCGACGAUUCGGUGUCGAGAAAGAUGCUGUACAUGUACUGCUGCGUACGAAUCUUGUUUCCUCCAGCCAUACCCUAG